AUGUUGACACAAGGUGGUGAAGGGUUUCUCCCUCUUCCUCCAAGGCCAUUAGUGAUGGAUAGGAAAUGGAAACCCAAUGGAGAAUUAGCUCCAAAUUGCCCUAGAUGUGAUUCUUCCAAUACCAAAUUCUGUUACUACAAUAACUACAGCUUGACACAGCCUCGUUACUUCUGCAAGAAUUGUAGAAGGUAUUGGACUAAAGGUGGGUCCCUUAGGAAUGUCCCUAUCGGCGGUGGUUGCCGGAAGUAUCGUCGAGGGAGGGUGAGGAUAUCAAGCACCUCCACCACUUAUGGUGGUUCUACCUUUCUUGAUCGCUCUAGGCUUCCUUCGGAUGCUUCUGUUGGGAAUUUGUAUCAAUCGGAUUCAAGCUCCAUGGCUACUUCCGGUGAACGUGAUGCUUCUACCAUCGAUCUUGCACUGCUUUAUGCUAAGUUCUUGAAUCAUCAACCGGCAGAUCAGUCUGACCCUAGACUUGUAAUGCCCGAACAACUACCACAGCCACUGCCGCCGCCGCCGCCGCCGCCGCCACUGCCGUCAAAUUCUGAUCCUCAUUUCCAAGUUUUUAUAGGAGAAUUUGACAUGAAUCAUAAGUUUAUGGGUUUAGAAAGUAAUUGUUGUGGAUUGCAACCAUUGGCCACUGAAGAUGGGGUGGUCCAAGACAUGUUCUGGUCGAAUCCUUCUCUUGUUCCACCUCAUCCUCCAUUGCCCAACUCUAAUUUUCAAUGGCAGGUGACACACACGCAGAGGUUUGAAUCUGUAGCCGAAGAUGAGACAAGUUUUUAUUCAAACCAAGUAAAUGGUGGUAAUAACUGGAGCUCCUUCGAUCUGCCUGAGUUGUGA